CUCCGCCAUCUUUGUGAGUGUUGAGGAGCCAACCACAGGUUUAGGUUUGUUAUACCAAGAAAUCAGCCAUGGCUAUGCAAGUGUCUUCACGGCGAGGAGAAGAUUAUGUAGAAAGUAUAUACAAUUUGAUUCCAAAGAUUCAAGAGAGGCCUCCAAAGCCUUCAAUGUAAGUUUUAUUUCGACGCGGCCCUUGAUCUUUGUCAAGUUUACCGCGAUUGCGAAAUUUUGCAUCUUAACUUAAAAUUUAAGUUUUCGUUGCCUUUCGUUUCACUUUAAGCAUGGCCUUGAUCUCCUGAGUAAUUUACUUCCUCAGGUAUCGCUCUAAUUUUGCUUCAACCGUGAAACAGGAGCAGAAGACGAAGAAGCAAAGCUCUAAAACCAUGGUAAGCGUUUGUUGUUAGGAAAUGACCUCCGUUACCAUGUGAGUCUUGUGCAGUUGAUCUGUGGUUGUAUGCAAUCGUAUUUCAUCGUGCAUUGACUGAAAUUUUCCUCUGUCCUCCUCAGGGCCCAGCGAAAGUAGCUGUCACAGAACCCAAGGAUUUUUUGGCUAAACAUUCCAAGGAGUUCAAGCUGCCAGAAAGUAAGCAAAGAUCUUUAAAUAACAGUGAUUAAUUGCGAAGUUUACUUAUUGACAGAGAAACCUUCUCAGUCAUCAAAAAUAGUUAUUUGUAGCUUUAAAAAUGCUUUAGUGUAAUCGUGUGUUGAGUAAGAAGGAGUAGUUUCAUAAUUCUUUCCGCAGUCUGUAGAUCACACAAGCUUUUCCAGGAAACAUAUGAAGUCUUUAUUGAAAAAGCUGUGUACAGAAUAGCAUUCUCAAUAAUUAACUCAACUAUUUCUUUUAGAAACUGACUUCACGUAUCCUGACCAUGAUAAAAGACGUCCCCCAGUCCCAAAACACACAGAAAAACCUCUAAUGGGAUUACAUUCCACAAAAAAUCAUAUUACAACAAAUGCUGUGGAGAAUAUCAUGUCUGUGCCCAAGAUGCCUGAGAAAAAAUUCGUGGACACACGUGGAGGAGCCACACAUCAACUGGUCCCAUCAGGUCUCACACCAAAAUAUGUGAACAAGAAAGAUUAUGGCAAGACCCCAGCUUAUCUGGAAAAAAGGAAGGCUGAAGUAGAGAGAGCACAGAUGGAGUAUGAUGCUUAUGUACAAGAGAGAUGUAGACAAGGAGCAAUGAAAAAUUUGACAGAAGAAGAGAGGUGAUUGACAAGGGUUUUUUAAUACUAGCUAUCACCUGAACUGAUCGUUUCUAUUGUAGGUUAUGAGGUGUAUUAUUCCUUAUUAUUGCUUCACUUUUCAUGAAUUUAGAUUGGCAGCCCAAUCUAAAUUCAUGAAAAGUUUUCAGAUGAUUUAGAUGAUGGACUUUAUGUGAACUUGAUUUGUUGAAUUGAGUGUUACCUAUGUGGCGUUAUUGAUCUAAACUGUGCAUUAUUUUUAGAUUUAAAACGCCAUUGAAAGUAGCUGGACACUUGCCUUUUGAAGUUCUUAAAUUUUCAUAUAUUUUUACCAUUAUAUUGCAUCAUGUAAUUAUUUAUUGUAUUUAUAUUUUAUUUAAUUUUACAGGCAAGGAAUACUUGAUGGACUAAAAAAGAACUGGGAGGAACUUCACCACCAAUAUCAAGGACUUUCUGUCGUUACUGAUACAGCACCAAAGAAGGCCCGAAAAGAGAGAAUGGAGGCAGAAAUGAAACAAUUAGAAAGAGACAUUGAAACCAUUGAGAAACACAGAGUUAUUUACAUUGCUAAUCCUUUCUUUUAAUGAAAACCCAAGCACCAGUUUUAUGUCAACCUGAUUCCUUUUUUUUGGUUUUGUUUAAUUGUGACCAGCUCCACACUCUUGAGGAAAAGUGGUUAAGAAUUAUCUUGAAGGUAUAUGUUAUUUAGGUUAAAUAGCAAAGAAAAAAGUUAAAAGAAACCCUGCUGCUGGCAGUAACAAAAUUGUAAAUACAGUUGUAAUCAUGUACAAAGUAUUUUAUUAAAAAUCAAGC